CUAAGUUAGCUAUAUACCCUUUACUUUGUCUUGUCUUUUUAUGCCCAGAAAUACACCAAACAGAAAACAGUACUACUAAAAAUUCUAGAUUUAUCCCUUCAAUCUUCAUCUUCUCCCUUUUUUUUUUGUUUUUCUUGGGUACUUUUAUUGGGGAAAAAAAAAAAACUUGUCUUGAAAUUUAGUCUGUUUUCCCAUUUUUGGGGGACCCUUGUUUUUUGUUUAGUUUAUAGUUGUUCAUAGUUCUUUAUAUAAAUAUAAAUGAAGUUAAAUUAAUGCUCUUUCUUAGACUUUAGGUGCCCAAUUAUUGAUUUUAUAUUUUUCUCUCUCUAGUUCACACUCUCUCUCUCUCAGUGGACUUCUUCUUCACAUUUCAUCAGGAAAAAAACUACAGAGGAAGGGGGGUUUCUAGGGUUUUGGUGAACUUUGAACAUCUGGGUUUUACUUUGUGACCAGAGAGUUCAAUCUUUAGUAUAUGACAAAACCCUUGUUUAGAAACUGAAUCUUUUGGGUCCUUUCUAUACUAGGAUUACCUAAAAGAAAUGUCCAUUCUAAAUAUAGCAUGUUGUUUAAUCGGGAAAGAAAUAAAUCUUGGGAUUGUAGAAGUGAUUUGUGUGCUUUGAGCAAAGCAUGAGUUAUGUUAUUUAUAGAGGGGAGGUGAGGGUUUGAGUCCACAAUUACUUUUGGGCUUCUGAAUGGAGGGAAUCUAUGCGACAGUGGUAAAUGAAUAUCGUAGGGAGUGGAACCAGCUGAUUAGUUGAGCCUAUAUCAUUUCUUUUGGGAACAUGAAUAUAUUCAGUUAUUGGUAUUCUUGGAGAGAAUAAAUUAUUCUUUUGGAUAGGAUGGCAACUGAGAGUCCUAUUAGGAUGCUUGAGGCACGUGGACAAUGGGCCUCUCGCAAGGAGGGUGCAAAUUUUUCUUCAACUAAGAUGGCUUUGGAUGAAGAGGCUUUACUUGUUAAGGGUCACAAAUACUGCGGUGGGAGGAUUGCUGUUCCCAAUCGAAGUGGUAGUGCACCCCCAAACAUGGAAGGCUCCUUUGCAGCCAUAGAAAGUCUCAUGCAAAACUCAGGUCUUAGUGCUAAUUUGGCAAAUCUAAAUUAUGACAAAGAUUCCAGAGGGCCUACAGGGCUGCUGGUUUCUUAUUCAUCUCUUGGUUCGAAUUACUCUUCCAGUGUCGAUCCCCAGUUUCAUUACUCUCCUGCCUCUGGUUUUGAUCAACAUUUGGCAUCCAGUCAUGUCGGCAAUAAAGUGGGAUUGACUUCUUUUAGAGGCAGCAGUGAUAACUUCUUGCGUUUAUCUCGUGGCGUCCUCCCAACACAUGAGGAGGAGUCUGAGGAUGAUAGGUCACCACAGAAGUCUUCUGAUGAUGUCAGAGACAGGAACUCUGUUGUGUUGUCAGGACAUGAAUCAUCCUCAUCAACUGGCGAAACUAGAAUUAUCUCAGAUCUCGCAAAGGACGAACUUACAUGUAUGUCGUCACCUGCAACUGGAGCAGCAGGUGACGGAGCUAAGAACAUUAAUGCUAAUAACCCUUCCUUGCAUGGAGAGUUAACAAGUUCAUCAACAGCAGAAGCGUCCGGUAUCUCUGCAGAUGGUAAAGCAUCAGCAAGCCCUGUAUUGAGAUCAUUAUCUUAUGAUUCUAGACAAGUGUCAUUGUCAUCCAUUCAAAAUGAAGAUCAUAUAGUUUUACUUCCAGAAAACAAGACUUCGGUUAGUGGUGAUGCAGAAGUAGCUAACUUGCAAACAGGGAUUAGGGCUCUGAAAAUAUCUGGCACACCACACUUAGAAAGCCAUGGAGGUCGAAGUGAAAGGCAGAACAACCUCCAAACCAGUUUAUUGCAACAACAAAUGCACCAGAGUGGUACCUUUCAGUUUCAAGGCUCUAUGCCUCAAAUAGUUUCUCAAGGAAUAAACAACUCAUAUGGUGUUGCAAACCAAUUUUUGCAUGGUGGGAAGUUUUCCUCAACGGAAGUUCAACCUGUUCUUCACUCAUCCGGAUUUACUCCUCCACUUUAUGCUACUGCAGCCGCUACAUAUAUGCAUUCGGCAAGUCCAUAUUAUACUGCUGCACAACCACCUGGAGUAAUAUAUCCUUCACAGUAUGGCAUGGGUGGAUAUCCUUACAAUGCAAGUGUUAUUCCUCCUUUUAUGGCUGGAUAUCCCUCACCUAGUGCUGUCCCUUUAGCCUUUGAUGGUGCUUCUGUUGGCUCUGACGUUAAUAUCCAAGUUUCUGGGUCAUGGGGAAGCAAUUCACAAGCAGUUGACUUGCAGCAUCUAAAGCAGUUUUAUGGACAACUUGGAUUUGCACAGCCUUUUGUGGAUCCCCGUCUUCAAUUUCACCAGUCUUUCGCUGAUCUAUACAACGUUCCUGGUCAGCUUGAUCCUUUGGCAUUGCGAGGGGGUGUUGUUGGGAACCAGGUGAGUGCUUUUAGUCCCAAGUCUGGACCUGAUUUUUCAUCUGUUUCACUUGAUCAUAGACCUCAACAUCAGGGAUUUGGUGGACAGAGUAAUAUAAGUCAGAGAAGGGAGCAAAUUAUGGGUACAGAUUAUGCUGGGAGCUCAGCUAAUAUGGGUUUCUUCAUGCCUAUUCCAAACUCAUCUCUUGCCAGCCCCGUUUUGCCUGGAUCUCCAAUUGCCGGUACUAGUCUUCCUGGAGGAAGAAGUGAUGUGAGUUCUCCAAAUUCUGGUAGAAGUGGGAGUUUUUAUACUGGUUGGCAAGGUCAAAGAGGUUUUGAUAACUUAAAUUAUCAAAAGCCUUACUCCUUCCUUGAAGAGCUAAAAUCUGGUAAAGGUAGAAGGUUUGAGUUAUCUGAUAUUGUAGGUCAUGUGGUUGAAUUCAGUGUUGAUCAACACGGGAGUCGAUUUAUUCAACAAAAACUAGAAAAUUGUAGCAUUGAGGACAAGGCAUCUGUGUUUCAAGAAGUUCUCCCUCAUGCUUCCAAAUUGAUGACGGAUGUUUUUGGAAAUUAUGUUAUUCAAAAGUUCUUUGAGUAUGGAACCCCUGAUCAGAGGAGGGACCUAGCUAAGGCACUUGCAGGUGAGAUCUUGCCACUGAGCCUGCAGAUGUAUGGUUGUCGUGUCAUCCAAAAGGCUCUUGAUGUUAUUGAGGUUGAUCAGAAGAUUGAACUUGUUCGUGAGUUGGAUGGACAUGUCAUGAGAUGUGUCCGUGAUCAGAAUGGAAAUCAUGUAAUUCAAAAGUGUAUUGAAUGUGUUCCAUCAGAAAGAAUUGGUUUCAUUAUUUCAGCUUUUCGUGGUCAAGUUGCUAGUUUGUCAAUGCAUCCUUAUGGGUGUCGGGUUAUACAGAGAGUCCUGGAGCAUUGUACAGAUGAGUUGCAGAGUCAAUUUAUCGUGGAUGAGAUACUGGAUUCUGUUUGUACCCUUGCCCAAGACCAGUAUGGCAAUUAUGUUACCCAGCAUGUUCUGGAGAGGGGAAAGCCUCAAGAGCGGAGCCAAAUCAUAAAAAAUUUAUCUGGUCAGGUUAUAAAAAUGAGCCAGCAUAAGUUUGCAUCAAAUGUUGUUGAGAAAUGCCUCGAUUAUGGUGAUGCUGCUUCGAGGGAACUCUUGAUUAGUGAAGUCAUUGGGCAAAAUGAGGGAAACGAUAACUUGUUGGUAAUGAUGAAGGACCAAUAUGCUAAUUAUGUGGUCCAGAAGAUUCUUGAGAAGUGUACAGAAAAUCAACGAGAUCUGCUUCUCGGUCGUAUCAGAGUGCAUCUCAAUGCAUUGAAGAAAUACACCUACGGAAAGCAUAUUGUGGCUCGUUUCGAGCAGCUGUUUGGAGAAUUUCAAGCACAAGGAUCCUGAUUGGUUGUGGAACAAACUGGCUAAGAGUUAGCACCUUCAAAGCACGAAAUGAUCUCGAGAAGAUGGUUUUUACAUUUGGAGAAAGACGAGAUAUCAUCUGACAGCUUAUUGUACUUCUAUCAUUCCCCGAGCGCUUCUACAUAGAACUUCUUAGGGUGGAUGCUGUAAAGUUUAGUAAAUUUGUGUAUACAACAGAAUUUGUGUAGUUACAGGAGCUGAUAAUCAUCUGGGCUUGGUUAAAGAACAUUCAAUCAACUAUUGGAAUAGCUCAUUUCUUUUUUUCUUGUAA